CGUUCGCGGACUUCUGCGAUCCUCGUAAUUGUGGCCAGCAUUGGCGGUUUGGGCGUGGGAAUGAAGCGCGUGCGUCGGAAGAACGAAGAUGAGGGCAAGGAAGAAGAGUCCAAGGAAGAGAGACCUGCGCAACGACCCCGACAGGAUGAAGGAGGCACCGGAGGUGUAGCGCGCGGUCGUGGCGCCGUGACGGCGGACCGCGCGUCGUACUUUGCUCGAGGCGACACAGCGGGUGUCGAAGCCGAGGACAUUACACCAGCUGUGGCACCGGCCAAGGAGGAAUGGCCAGGAAUGUUUCACACCGGGGCCGUGUUGCAGAAGGGCCGAUCGGCGGCGCAAGCCAAGCGGCAAGAGGAACUCGACAACAAAGACGCCGACGCGGACGACGCGGUCACGCCGUGGGAGCCGCGGUAUCCGUUGCGCGCCCUGAUCAAGACCCAAGACAUCCCGUCCUUGCGCGACCUCGUGUGCGACACGAUCGCCAAGCACAUCCACCACUUUCACGACUUGGGCCACGAAUACCUCGGCGAACGUUCGUUGGUCGAGGCCCGUGGUCGGAUCGCCACGUUGGUGGCACAACGCCGCCGUCUCGACAGUGCAGUCCUGCCGUUCUUUGUCUACCCCGGCGUGAUGGAAAUCGACAUCCCCGACUGCUCCAUGCUCGAUGAAAACUCAUUAGUUCAAGCAUUGCUGACCGCACAAACGGUGGAGAAAGAGCUCCACAUGUCGACCAAGUUUGCCUCGCUCAAGCUAGGCAUGAGCGGGCGGUGCAUUUCAGACAGAGUGCUGGAAAACCUAUCCACGGCGCUAUCGACAGUCGAAGACCUCCGUCUCGACGGAUGCUACCGACUGUCGGACCGGGGUAUCCAGUACUUGCAAGCCAAAUGCUCUCCGACUCUGGAAACGUUUGAGCUGAGCAGCAACCAGCGCAUCACCGCGACGUCCAUCUCAUACAUCCAAGGGUGGACACACCUGCAUACGCUGAGUCUGGCCGAGUGUCCGCAGUUGGUUGACCAAGACUUUGUGCCGCUCAGGCAGCUUGUGACCACGUCGUUGCGCAAGCUAUCGCUUGUGCAGCUGGACAAGGCCACGGAUCGGCUGCUGGAGCUCUUGUUUGCCGACGCCACCGAUACCCUCGUGGAGGAAUUGAGUGUCGCGCGGUGUUCCCGACUUACGGACGUGGGCGUGCAAGUUGCUCUGCAAGCUUGUCCUCGUCUCAUUAGCCUCGAUGUUGCCGACGUUCUCUUGCUCACCGACGACACCUUGGCCACGGUCCGCGCAUCCAACUUAACGCUGCAACGCGUGAACUUGAGACGAUGCACCAACAUCACGGACAAGGGAAUCGAAGACCUCGUCGUGAGUUGUGCUGGUCAUUUAGAGCGACUCGAAAUCUCCAGUAUUCCUCUGCUCACGGGCAAGUCGAUGGUGCUGCUGGCGACCCAUUGUGCCACGUCAUUGAAACAUUUGGACAUUUCAUUCUGUCGACAUAUCCGAGACAACGACGUCGGACAUCUGACCGUGUCGUGCCCCAACUUGACGCGUCUGGGGCUGUACGGAUGCACGCAGAUCUCGAGUUUGUUUCUGCAAGGCCAGGCCCUAGACGACCUCGUGUGUUAUGGCCACCCGUUGCUCACGGGGCUCAAGCUGCGGUCUUGAGUUACAGUCUUCUCACAGCCAUCCAUCCUGUAGUUUUUUUCACUCUUUUGACCAUAUAUCGGAAGUAUGGACAUAUAUAUAUAUCCCAUCGUGUUGCAA